AUGAAAAAGCGGAUUUUAAAGAAGCUGCGGACUCUAGAUGUGCCAUUCUGUCUGUUAGUGCCAACGUCGAUGCUGCAGGGACCAUUGCUACGCGAAAUAUUUGAUGCUGAGGAGGGAGUAGACGCAACGACAAGUGAAAAUUCGAAGGAUUCGAAGGAGAUAGUAGAAACAACGACAUCAAGGGAAGUUUCAAAAGAACUGCGACAGCAUUGGUCUUGCUGUCCAGGAGAAACAAAUGCCUUGUCCUCCAAGAACAAAAGGUCUCUCCUCCAAGUUCUACUGCCCUCAAAAGUUCUAGCUUAUCCCAUUGUCGAUGGCAAGUGUAAAGAAAAGCCAGUGGCCUGCAAGUCCCUUGCGUGGCUGUGCUACAAAAUGAACCUGCCGAAAGAUGUGUACUUUAUCUAAUAAGAUUCUCAUGGUUGUGCUUGUGUGGAAGCAAAGGGUAAAGGACUUUUAU